AUGUUCGAGAGAUGUUCACAGCUCGUUGGCGCUACAUACAUUUCCACAAACUUUGAGUGCCUGGAUUAAGUAAAUUUCAGUUGCUUAUGGGCGUUGGAUAACCGUUUAGGAUGCAUUUUUGUUUCUGUUUAACUAGCGAUUGAACGUGUGAUAGGAUUUUGCUUCUGUUUUUUUUUGCCCACCGGUAAUCCCAGAAUGGAAGCCGAAGGAAACGAAAGUGGCACUUACGAAAACGUUACCGAUUUUGAAAGAUUCGCUCUGAGGCCUCCAAAGGCAUAUCUUAUUUUCCAAGCAAUAUCCCUCUCUAUUAUCUUGGUAUCAACUAUCUUUGGCAAUGUUGCGGUGUGCUACGUGAUCUAUCGAACACGUAGUAUCAACAGCGGGACUGGUAUGUGCAUGGCAUCCCUUACCAUUGCCGAUCUUCUUCGUGGGUGCAUCGUUCUUCCCUUCGUGAUCGAGUCAUCUGUCCUGCUCGGGGUCUGGAACCACGGACCUGAAAUUAGUGCUGUGGUUGGGUUUCUUAAUACUCUGUUUGGAAGUGCCAGUACCAUGACACUGGCUGCUAUCUCAUUGGACAGAUUCAUUGCUAUUAUGAAGCCACUCAAGUAUUCGACCAUUGUCACCUCGGUACGAACAGGAAUCAUUAUAGCUAUCAUCUGGACGAUCUCAGUCUCGAUGGCAACCCUGCCCCUGGUCGGAUGGUCCAAGUACCAGUUCAUUCCCUGGGUCUGCCUCUGCGUUGCAGACUGGACCGGGACCAGGUCCUAUGCAUACACCUACUUGGUCCUGACCCUAUUUACACCAAUGGGCAUAUUGCUCUACUGCUAUUGUAACAUUUUUCGCAUAGCAAAGCGACAGUCACGAAAGGUGGUCUCGCUGGAGAGGACUUCCUUUGAGUCACCACGCCCAGUUUUCAUGGGCAGGCCAAAAACACGGAUGCGGAGAGAUAAAAAGGCGAUCAUUAUUCUGUGUACUGUCCUUGGUGUAUUUAUCUUGUGUGUGAUUCCAUUUUGUGUCGUGUAUCUGAUAUCGUCAUAUAACGUAUCUGAUCGAAUCUUUGUCGCAUUGGGAAUCACAUCCCUCCUUUCGUUCAUCAAUUCUGCCGUCAAUCCUUUAAUUUAUGGAAUUCUUAAUCGGAAAUUCCGCCGAGUGUUUGUGGAGAUUUUGCCGAACCACCGAUGCAUGUGCAAGCGCCGAAAUUCGAUCGAACCGUCUCCCAAAUCUCAUUUUCCAGCUGAUUUUAUCUCAGAAUAUCUCGGGAAAAGCACAUCAAUACCGCCAAAAAGGCAUGGUAAACUCAUACCGCGAGAGUGCUUCUCCAUUGAAACCACACACUGCCCGCGCAAAGAAUGUGCAUUGGAUGAUAAUGCGUUCUCCAUGUCAUUACCACCAAGUGCCAAUCUUUACCUUAAUGCCUCAGGCGAUUCAAUCAAACAAUACUCGUUUAUUUAUAGUUACACACAAGAAGUUACUUCAAAUGGAAAAAUUGAUUCGUUGGCAAUUCACUGUUCUCGAGAAAUUUAA